CGAGGAAGAGGACGACGGGCUCCCAUGGUGCUCUGCACUGCCAACGUAUGCAAACAGGAACAUGGCUACCGGUUUUUAACAUCAGCAGUCUAUUUGAAAAAACACACAUCUGUGGUAAUACAAUAUUUGCUGUGCCUCCGUGACAGAAGAAGGAAAAAGCCGUCGUAGAGUUUAUCAGCGGAGCCGGCAGACCCUCUGAAAACAGCGUCUUCUUGUUCAUAAAUCACAGACAGUGUGGGUCAAGAUGGCAAGUCCAAGGACCAGACGAGUUCUGAAGGAAGUGAGAACCCAGGAUGAGAAUAAUCUGUGUUUUGAAUGCGGUGCUUUCAACCCCCAGUGGGUUAGUGUGACCUAUGGCAUCUGGAUUUGUCUUGAGUGCUCUGGCAAGCACAGAGGCCUGGGAGUACAUCUCAGUUUUGUGCGCUCUGUCACCAUGGACAAGUGGAAAGAUAUUGAACUUGAGAAGAUGAAAGCAGGAGGGAAUGGAAAAUUCAGAUUGUUUCUUGAACUUCAAGAUGAUUAUGAUCCCAACUGGACUUUACAGGAGAAAUACAACAGCAAAGCUGCUGCACUCUUCAGGGACAAGGUUGCAACUUUAGCAGAGGGUAAGGAAUGGUCCAUUGAGACAUCCUCUGCCAAAAACUGGACAUCUCCUCAACCCAAGACGAGCCUUUCAUCCUCUCAUCGCUCAGGGGGACCCGGACAAAACUCAGCGAAGUCCAGCGACAAAGCUUUUGAGGAUUGGUUGAGUGACGAUGUUAAUUCUUAUCAGAGUGGAGGGGGUUACAGUGGGAAUCAAGAGAAUCGGUAUGUUGGCUUUGGCAACACAGUGACCCCAGAGAAGAAAGAGGAUGACUUCCUGAACAACGCCAUGUCUUCUAUUUAUUCAGGUUGGAGCAAUUUCACUGUUGGCGCUAGCAAAUUUGCUUCUAUCGCUAAAGAUAAUACGACUAAACUGGCAAACCAGGCAACUUUAAAGGCUACAGAGUUAGGACAGACAUUAAAUGAGAAUGUUAUCAAACCUACCCAAGAAAAGGUGAAAGAUGGAAAAUUGCUAGAUGAAAUGACAGUCAGCAUCACUGGGCUGGCAAACAAGGUUCAGGGAGCUGGUGCAAAAUUGACUAACCUCUUCUCGGGAAAACCAGAAGAUGGGUCUGCUGGAGAAAGUUAUCAGAACAUGGAUGCCACUGAGGGAUAUCAAGGCAGUUCUACCCAGCCUGUCUCAAAGGACUUCUGGGAAACCUUUGGCAGCAACACCUCCUUAAAGGCCAAGAAAUCUCCCAGCAGUGACAGCUGGACCGUUGCAGAUAAUUCUGCAAAGAAGAGCUCUGACAGUUGGGACAAUUGGGGCUCCGAAGCCGCGUCCAACAACAAACACAGUACAGAAGAGAGCUGGGAGGCCUGGGACAACAACUGGGAGAAUGCGGAUGGUAAGACGAAGAAGAGUCCCACAAAACCUGCUGAGGACACCUGGGAUAAUGCAGACUGGUAGUGACCUCGCAACCAUCCAUCUCAUCUUUUUCCCUCCCCUCCUUUUUCUGGCCUUUUCCAUCUGUCUCCCUCCCUCUCUCUGUUCAUCUCACUGGCACUUUCAGGGAAAGAGCUGUGUCUGCUUUGUUUCUGUCAAUCCAAAUUCAAAAAUAUAUUUAUUAUAAACCCAAGAAACAAUGAAUGAAGCCUGGGGUUAGAUUGAGCUCAUUAUUAAAUGAAUAUUCUCUAAAAAACAACAACAACAAAAACAACUGUAUUGACUUGCAGUCAUGUAUAUUAUUGUAAAUUACCUUCAUCACAGGGAAUUACAAUGAAUCAGUGUAGAUAUGGUCAUGAAUUUACUGCCUGGACUCCCCCAAUAUAAUACACUUAAUGGUGAAGAAGAUAGUGUUCAUAGUGUAUCAUGGGUUUAAUAAUAGUGGUUUUCGAUUCACCACAUAAAUAGAUAAAAAAAAAAUCUGACAUUGUAAAUAUGAAUCCUUGUAAAUACAGUAUGAUUGCCUAAACACUAAUCACAUUCAUUUCUAUGUGUUCAAAUUGACCUACUUUGCCCCUAGACCCUUUGCACAUUUUGUUCUUGUAAAAUUGAUUGUCGAGAAGCAUUUGGAUAGAAAACAGCCAUUGUCAUAGAAAAUAUAGUCAUAAAGUGUAAUUAGAUUAAGGGAACAAAUACUGUAACAAAUUGGCUAUCAUUAAUCAAAAAAUGGACGGAUUUGUCAAUUUUACAUGAAAUAAUCUAAUAUGUAUGUGCUAGGGCUCUUUUUUAACUUUUACAUUAUUUUCAUUAAAAUGUGCAAAUAGUCAAGGGGCUUGAUCAUUUUAUCAUGUUGCCAAGACCAGAAAAUUCUACAACAGGAUGCUUGGAAGUUGUUUUGGGGCAAAUGGAUGUAUCACACUGGUGUCAUGCAGACAAGAUAACUUAAAACUAUUUGGUUUCAGACAGAUAAGCUGUUGAAACUCGUUUUGAUUGACAUUCAUUUUUUCCAUCUCCACUCUGUCAUUAACAACAGCUCAAGACCUCACUGUAAUCUGAGUAAUGAAAAGUAUUCACUGUAAAUGUCUUCAGUGACAGAUAAAGUAUUCUUUAAAGCACAUCCCCAACAUCAUGUUAGGAUUUUUUUUGCAACUGCAACAUUAAUCACAUUGUUUCUUUUUACUUCAUAGCUGGUUUUUGCAAUAUUAUGCUUUUUAUUUGUUUCUUUUUCUUUAUCUGAUCUUAAAGCUGACUGAUAUUGUUCACACAGUCAUACAGGCUGUGUUCAGUUGUGGUCCAGCGGAUGCAGUUGUUAAAUUCAUAAUUUUCCUUUUUUAUUUUAAAGACACACAUUUGGGUAUUUUAAGGAAUUGAUAUCUAAAAAUGAUUAGUUUAUUGUUGACAAUUUCAUAUAAAAGCCACUCAUUGCAGGGUUAUAUGCUGUAUGUACUGUACUGUAUAUGCGAGUUGUGUUUUAAUAACUGGACACAGUUGGGAACUGUAGACUGUAGAUUGUUUUCUGCAUGGUUCUGCCUGUAACUUGUGACCUCAGCUGAACUGACAGGUCAUUGUAAAUUUCAUCUUGUAUGAAGAAACCCUGUGUGAUCUGUUCUCCGCCUCUGUGUCAAGUGUUAUUGCACCUUGGUGGUUAUAUAUUGUGAGGAUUUGGUGUCACAGAUAUCUUCACGCGUGUAUUAACAUCUGAAUUGUGGAGUAAUAUUAAUGAAGCUCAUUAUACGCUGAAUGCUUAGAUGGUCAUAGCUCUCAAAAUGCUUGUUAUAAAUUAAUUAAAUCAACCUGGUACAUCACUCAGUCAGAUGGUAGUAGGAAUGUAAUCGGUGUGAAAUUUAAUAUUAGGCCUAUUAACCUGAUAAUCUUAAAAUUUAAAUGAGCUGUCGAGGUUUGAAAAGAGUCCAAUUUUGCAGCACCUAACUUCUCUAUGUGGCCUUUAAUUCCUAUAACAUAGUGUUGCAACUUUAUCCUACUGUUUAGGACUUUAGUUUAAUUUGUUUGUGCGUGUAAUAACCUAGAGAUGCUCAGUCUACAAAUUCUAAAUUCAAGUUAGAUUCAAUCAAACCAAUUUCAACAGAGUUCUGACUCUGAUUUGUCUAAACUUGUUUGGCUUGGUGUGUGUGCUCAUUGGCCAGUAGUCGGUCAUCAACUGCUCACAGACUAAUGUGCCAGUGCAAUACAGCUGCUGGAUUUUUAUUUGUUAUUAGGGUGUUAAACAUUUUGCUAUUCUUCUAUAGGCGGCCCUCAUUGGGCCUCUUGAUUGGUAAAAAUAGCAUUUAUUAUUGCAGGUUUUGACUAGUGAAGGAUAACUCCUGGGAACUUUAUUCCAUGCCCAUUUCCUACCUCUAAGAAGUCUUCAGUUUACUGACGAGUACCCAGUACUGAACAUGUUUUUUUUCCUAACCUUGCAUCAUGGUUAUGAUGUAGACCUUAUUAUAGCAGGCUUGGUUUGCUGUGACUCAUUUUUGUCUUUGUUAAAAGACAAAAUGUGUGUACGUGUGUAACAGCAAACCAGCAAAGAUUGGUCUACACUGUUUUUAUAUACUAUACUGAUCAUUCCUGGAACAUUUAUGUCGCUUAACCUCUGCAGUCAUGUGUUCAUUUAUGGUCAUGUGUUAAAUGCCUUAAAAAGCUGUGCUUGCUUUUUGUUGAUACCGAUGUCAGUUUGCUUGUGUGUCUCUGAUACAGUGAGGUGUACAUGUCAGUAAAUCACCAUCUAAGAUAAUGUCGAGUCAUACAUUGUUACCCUCAACUUAACCUUUUAUUACAGAAGCUUUAUGUCAGUUAUUUUAUAUUUUUCUUUUUCUUUUAUGAUGGUAUAACAUAAAACAAAUUUAGGGGAAAAUAAUGGAAGACUGUCUGAACAGUCACUUGUCUGAAAUGUGUAGUUCUAAAAUACAAUAGUUUUGGUGGAUAAACUUUUGGGGUUACUGGUACACUUGCUUCAUGGUAAAAUUACAGAAUGUGUUAUUGAAUGAAAUGCAUCAUAUAGGUCUUGAUAUAAGGUGAGAAUCUUUUUUUAAAAAAUAAAACCUGAUGUAUUUUUUGCCACAUAAUCAGAAUCGAAUUUUCCAGAGCAACAGUUUAGCUCAGUGUCUGUGCCUGUCGAGCAUUUGAGAUCGGGUAUGUCCACGUUUGUUGAUGAAACUGUAAUGUCAGAAAUACUAUUUUUUGAUGUCGUGCAUGAGAUGUAACGUGGAGCUAAAUACAUUCAGCUGUUUUUGAUUUAAAAGGUGUUUCCUCAGUGAAUUGAAUUGCAGUUGUCUGCUUGCCCCCUUCAAGUUUCACCAGCAGCCAUCCCUCGAGGUGAGCCAGUGUUACUCAGUUGAAGCUGUGGAUAUUUUUCCUGUACACAUGGUCUCUGUGUUAAAUAAAAAUGUAUUGUGCUGUGAAUGCAA